AUGGAGUACUGCAUCCAGUUCUGGAGCCCCCAGCACAAGAAGGACUUGGAGCUGUUGUGUGGCCCACGGGCUGCAGUCCUUCAGGGUAAACCUGCCCCACUUCAGGCUUCUCUCAAGGACAGCAGCUCUGGCCAAGGACCUUCUGCUGUGAGGGCUCUCUAUGGGCUGCAGCCUCCUCAUGGCUGCAUCCAGUGCUGCCCCGCGGGCUCCUCCGUGGCUGCACAUGGAGGUUCCAGCUUUGGAAAUGAAGAACAAAGCACUCCUAAGGCAACUGCACCUUCUAAAGACAUACCCAAGGGUAGCAGCAAGAGCACAACGCAGGUAUCGAGCAGCACAGCGACUCCACGCAAGAGCUUACUGCCAGCACCGAAAACUGCUGCUGCACCUGCUGGCUUGAAGAAAGAAAUACAAAAGGAUCAGGAUGCUAAUAGACCAGCUAUCUCCUCCCCCAAGAGAUCAGCAGUGACAGCCACCAAGCUCCACUCACCAGGACAUCCCAAGCAAAGGUCAACCACCCCAAGAAAUGUGUGUUCCCCCAAACCAGGAGAGAGUCGAGAUGCUGAAAAGCAGUUCAUCCAGAAGCUGAAGGAAAAGUGUGAUGAGCAGUCAAGGCAAUUAAGCAAUAUCCGAGAUGAGCUUAAAAGGACCAGCUGUGGCUUUGAUGUCUUUGCUAUAACAACACAGCACUUCUUCAGGCAGGUAAGUGCAAUGAACACUUUUUACUGUGGGAAAGAUACUUUGCCUUUUUACACCAUUGACUUGCACAAAUUUAUUUCAUAGUCAUUGAAGUUCUGUUCUUGGGAGCAUUGCAAUGUAAUUUAUUU